GUAAAAACAAGUCAAAGAAAGAACUGAAAAAGGUUUAGGAACAGGUGAACUCUUGAAUAAACCUCGAAAAUAUUGCAUGACUUCUCUUGGUGAUGGAUAAUCGAUUGAUUUUUGCGAUAAUAUUAGUGUUGGUUACUAUUAAAUUCAAAAUUUACCAAAAUAGUGUCGAAACGCAGAACGUAGAAGACGUUGCCAUUGCCGGAUUUUUGUAUAAAGAAAUCUCCGGCGAAAUCGGGAGUUCUCAUUUUUACUACAAAAAGAUCGAGGAAGGAAAGAAUUUUUAUUUGAUUCUCGAGUCGGAAACCGGUGACACCGAUCUCUACAUUUCAUACAAAGACUACCCAAAAGUUCAGGCAACGUCACACGAUUACAGUUCCUACUCUUGCGGCGUCGAGCAAAUUCCUCUAGAGAACAAACGUCCUGUGUUUAUCGGCGUUUUUUGUUACAGCCAAUACGAAAAUUGCACAUUUCACCUUGAAAUUUACAAAACAAAUAUCGAUUUGAGCUCGCACGCUAAUCGACACACCGUGGAACGGGUAAAUGAUCGCGACACCGAAUCGUCGAAUAAGCUGAACGGUUUCAAAAUUAUUCUCUUCAGCUUGUUGAACAUUUUGUGGGAGGCGUCACUGAAUAUUUUUCUUUAAAGGUCUGAGCAAUUUUUUCAAAAAUU